UUGCUAGGGAAAUUGUUGCAGAAAUGUCUCAAAAAACUUUGCCGUUAUUGUUCAUAAACCUUGGAGGAGAGAUGGUUUAUAUAUUAGACCAAAGACUGCGCGCACAAAAUAUUCCAGACGAGAAAGCUAAAAAAGUGCUUCAUGAUAUUGUUUCAACUAUGUUUCACAAAAGGUUUGUGGAAGAAUUGUUUAAACCUCAACCAUUAUAUUCCAAGAAGGCACUGCGGACAGUAUUUGACAGACUAGCUCAUGCUUCCAUCAUGCGUCUCAAUGCAGCUAGCAUGGAUAAGACAAUUUUGCAUUCUGUAUUUAGCAUCCAGGAGGGAUCUGAAAAGCACAGAAUCUUCAGUGACAAUUUAUAUGACCUGAUGACAAUGGCUUUCAAGUACCAGGUAUCGUUGGCAUUAUGCCCAAAAGAUAUAUUGCUGAUUACCCUAAAUCAUAUGGACGCCAUACGGAAGUUUGUGGAUGGACAGACAAACAUUCUACAGCAAGUGGAACAUGUUUAUAGACUUCUACUAGAGUCUUUUGGUCCAAUGACAUCUGGAGGUUUCCAUCUAAUAAGACAAACCUUGCUAAACUUUUUUCAGGACAUGCAUAUUAGAGUUUCUAUAUUUCUGAAAGACAAGGUGCAGACAAGUGCUGGUAGAUUUGUGUUACCUACUGGCGGACCAUUGCCAUGGGGUACUCAAGUACCAGGGACUAUAAAGAAUUAUGAUGAGAAAGGGAGGGAGAGUAAGUCAGCAAGUUUUCCUGCAGGAGGCAAUUAUCAUCAGCUGGCUAAACCAGGCUCUAUAGAUAUCAAAGGUGACAGAGUAACAAAGCUAGGAACCAAUAUGUAUUCAGUUGCAAGGCCUGUUGAUACUCAAACAUUAGACAAACCCAAAACUACUCCUAUGUCAGACAUUGAAAAUCAAGCCCCUGAUCCUCUUGCAAAGGCCCAGCUAGAUCUUCUAUCACAUCUUAUUGGCAAUACCACAACCACAGAAAAAUCAGGCUUUAGACUUAACCUGUUUUCAUCAGAUAAAGAAGAGGAGCAAGCAGCAGUUUUAUAUAAACCUGUAGAAACAAAAGAAUCACAAGUGGUUAAAAUUGAUGCAUCUAAGAAACAGAAGAACAAAGAGUUAGAACAGAUUAUGGGAGAGCUGGAUGUUAAAGAUUCUGGUGCUAGUGGUGGUGAAGAUUUAUUGGAUCUCAUGGACAGUGCAAGCUAGACCUGACAUUCUUUACAAUAAUAUUCAUAAUUUAUUUUGCUUCACAAGACAAUGCUUUCCAUAUUGUGUUUGUUUUUUGUUGUUGUUUUUGUAUUAGAUAUUAAAGCAGCAUGCAACCAG